CCAGAGAUGGGAAUUAUGAAGUUACUCUUCGUUCUCGUUUUUUUUGGAGUCGUUCUCUGCAAAGAGUCCAAAGCGAAGCUUCUUGAAGAUCCGAAACUCUUCGAAGGAGACAUUAUCCGUACAAGAAACCAACGUAACUCUGCUUUGGGCAGAGCUGCAUCUACAACCGGAAGAUGGCCGGGUGCUACGAUGGUAUAUGCCAUUGAUCGUUCUCUGUCUGUCCAUGCUAGCGCAAGGAGAGCCAUAUGGGCUGGAAUGCGUCAAUGGAGUAGUAGAACCUGCGUCCGCUUCAGGCUACGAAGAGGGAACGAAAGGGCUUUCGCGUACUUUAUACGUGGUUCAGGAUGUUCAUCAUUUGUGGGAAGAAUUGGCAGGCGUCAAGACAUCAACCUAGCUUCUGGUUGCUGGAGCACGAGAAUAGUGGCUCAUGAAAUUGGGCACGCUUUGGGUUUUUGGCACGAGCAAUCUCGCCCUGACAGGGAUAGAUACGUCCGAAUACUGUGGCAGAACAUCCAAGCUGGAAGGCAGCAUAACUUCGGAAAAAGAAGUAAAUCUCAAGUCAACUCUCUUGGGGUUCGUUACGACUACAGAAGCGUGAUGCAUUAUAGUCCUACGGCUUUCUCCAAGAACGGACAGCCAACGAUUGUACCCAGACGAAGAGGGGUGGUAAUUGGCCCUCUAAAUCGUAUCACUGGUUUGGACAGACUUCAGAUGUUCCGCAUGUACUGCAGAAGGGGCUGAAGGAUCUCGGAACUUUUAAUAAACCAGUGGAUUGCUGUAGUGAGCAGAAUAGAAUGGAAUAAAACAGUUAGAAACGAA